UCCCACCACGGCUCGCUCGCGUCCUCGCAGCGCGUGACCGCGGCACUGCGGCUGCAGAGCCGCCAUCCCCUGUCCGCGCUGGAUUCCUGGGGUGUGAGGUGGGAAGCCGGAGAUGGGGGUGGGUGCAGGACCAGAUCUCCGUGGCCACGCGCGGCGGCACUGGGGGUGUAUGAUGACGCCCGUGCCUCCUCCAACUCCUCUAGUUUUUUGUUUCCGGGAGUUUCUCCACCCGCGAGUGUGUCGCUGAGUCACCUUCUCGGAAGACUCGGGUCAAGCUGUCCCGGGGCGGUGCAGAGCCAAGGUACAUAUUGCAGAGACGCGUGCGGAACCGCAGGUUCAGCCUGCGUCCCCUGGCCAGCCGGGGACCCCUAAAAUAGUGAGAAACUCGGUUGGGAACUCAGGAGUCCGCUGGGAGAGAAGCCACCUUCAAGGCGUGACCCAGUUCACUGCAACGCCUUGUUAUCUGCUCCCCUGCUCCUCCGGAACUAGCACCUUCUGGACUUUAAGAAGGCGAUGCAAAGAGAGAGUUGGUGAGGACUGUGGAUCCGGAUCAUCCGCUGCAGGCAGCUGCCCAGGCCUCGACAGUAUUUCCUGGGGGAAAGGCUCCAACUUUGGAGGUUGCUGAGGAGGCUCCCUCCUCCGGACUUCGCGCUCCAGCUAGGAGUCCCCAAACCGGUUCAGCUUUCUCCCGGAAGGCAUGACAAACUGCUUCGGGUUCGGCGGCUGAGUGGUCCAGCGGCUGCGUCUGGAAGCUAAAAAUCUGGCCGCCUCGGGGAAUGACGGGGCCGCUCUCACAGCCCAGGGAGGUGGAGAGGGCGAGCCCCACAGCCAGUCGCCAGACACCCUCCUGGGCAACACCGAUAAGGAGCUGAAUACAGGAGUCGCCGUCACCCCUAGCAGCGCCGGGACAGCGCUGGUGGCCCCUUGUCAGCGGGAGCCCCCCCGGGACCUGGCUAUGGAACCAGCAGGCUGCCCUAGGGGAUUGCUCCCGCGGCCCUGCAGAGUGCUGGUGCUGCUGAACCCCCGGAGCGGCAGGGGCAAGGCUCUGCAGCUCUUCCAGAGAUUUGUGCAACCCCUCCUGGAGGAGGCUGAAGUAUCCUUCAAACUUACGCUCACUGAACGGCCGAACCAUGCCAGGGAGCUGGUGUGUGCAGAGGAACUGAGCCACUGGGAUGCCCUGGCGGUCAUGUCCGGUGAUGGUCUCAUGCACGAGGUGGUGAAUGGGCUGAUGUCACGGCCUGACUGGGAGAUUGCCAUCCGGAAGCCCCUGUGUAGCCUCCCCGGAGGGUCCGGCAACGCACUGGCGGCUUCCUUGAACUACUAUGCUGGGUACGAGCAGGUAACUAGCGAAGCCCUCCUGACCAACUGCACGCUGCUCUUAUGCCGCCGACACCUGUCACCCAUGAAUCUGUUGUCACUACACACGGCUUCCGGACUGCAGCUCUAUUCUGUGCUCAGCCUGUCCUGGGGCUUCGUUGCUGAUGUGGACCUGGAGAGUGAGAAGUACAGGCGCUUGGGGGAGAUCCGUUUCACAAUGGGGACCAUCUUUCGCCUAGCAACCCUGCGAAUCUACCAGGGCCAACUGGCCUACCUUCCUGUAGGAAAUGCUGCCUCGGAGAUGCCUGCUUCUCCGGCACAGGCGCACCAGGGCCCUGUGGACACAUACCUUGUUCCCCUGGAGGAGCCGGUGCCUUCUCACUGGACCGUGGUGCCGGAACAGGAUUUUGUUCUGGUGCUGGUACUGCUACAUACCCACCUGAGCACCGAGAUGUUCGCAGCACCCAUGGGCCGUUGUGAGGCUGGCGUUAUGCAUCUGUUCUACGUGCGUGCGGGGGUGUCAAGGGCCACGCUGCUGCGUCUCUUCCUGGCCAUGCAGAAGGGCAAGCAUAUGGACUAUAACUGCCCAUACUUGGUGCACGUGCCUGUGGUUGCCUUCCGCCUGGAGCCCAAGAACCAGAGGGGCAUGUUUUCCGUGGAUGGGGAGUCAAUGACAUGCGAAGCCGUGCAGGGCCAAGUGCACCCAAACUAUUUUUGGAUGGUUUGUGGCAGCAGAGAUGCCCCAUCCAGCUGGGAGCCUCAGCCGAGGCCAUCUCCAGAAAAGCCAUUAUGAUUCCCUGGCUCUCCGUGCCUUUGUCUGUCUACACUGAGAUGGGACCCUCUCCUGCAUCCAUGCCCUCAUAUGGGAGGCUAUCUAAAGCUCACAGGGAGGUGGUAGGGACCCUGUAGGGAAAGUAGGAAGGCGGGGCUGUAAGAAAGGCUCUGCCCCCUAAAUGCUAGAAGGCGAAGCUGGGCAGGCACCCUCUGGCUGGGCAGUUGCAUCUAGAAGGCACUUACCAUUGUGCUUGGAGCCUUUCUGAGACUCAAAUCCAAAUAAAGUGACUUCCAA